AUGAAAAGAUUUUUAUUUAAUUUAAAAACCACAACAUUUCAAAGGAGCUUCAAUAAUCGAUUACUAUUUCCAAUAAAUAAUAUUUAUAUUAGUAAUAAUAAUAAUAAUAUUUGUAUUAAUUUAAACAACAACAACAAUAAUAAUAAUAAUAAUAAUAAAAGACAUUAUUGUAAUAAUAAAAUGAAUUUAUCAGAAGAUGAAUGGAGAGUUAAACUUACACCAGCUCAAUUUAAAGUAUUGAGAGAAAAAGGUACAGAAAGACCAGAUAGUGGUGAAUAUAAUAAAAACUAUGAAAAAGGUGUUUAUAAUUGUGCUGCUUGUGAUACUCCAUUAUUCAAAUCUGAACAUAAAUUUUCCUCAGGUUGUGGAUGGCCAUCUUUUUAUGAUUCUAUUCCAGGUGCUUUAGUACUUCAUGAAGAUCCAUCACUUCCUGGUAGACCAAGAACUGAAAUUUGUUGUGCAAAAUGUGGUUCCCAUAUGGGUCAUGUAUUUAAGGGAGAGAAAUUUAAUACACCAAUUGAUCAAAGACAUUGUGUUAAUUCAAUUUCUUUAAAAUUCCUUCCAAAAAAAUAG